ACAGCCCUCCCUUCCAUUCCCUUCGCUCCAUCCAUCCACUUUCACUCCCCUUUUAAGUUCUUUCCCUACAGUAGAACUUCCAGUCUCAGAAUUAGGAUCCAUUUCGCAAGAGCUGAUAAACUAUCGUGACAUGCAACCACAGGAAACUGCCUUAACCAGUUCUGCAUAGGCUGCAAUAACAGUGCGACUUCGACUCUGGGCCUGCGGAGAGGGAAAGGAGUGACCCUCCUCCGACCCCCCCCCCCCCCCCCCGAACAAAUAUUCCUACGGGGUCGGAACUAGCCCUGGGAGAUGACCAGAGGAGCCUCGGAACCUUCGAAGUGAGAGCAACUGGGACAGGGGGAGAGUGGAAGGGUGAGGAGCGAAAGGGUGUGGUUUGAAAAAGAAAGAACAUAGAGAACUUCCGGUAAGACCGGAAGCGGAGGCGAGGAAGGCAGCCACGGGCCUAGGCUACGGGGAUGGCCGGGCGGACGACACUGCUGGCCCUGCUGGCCGGAGCCGCAGCGCUAGCGGACGCCUCCCAGGGUGACCGGGAGCCAGUGUACCGGGACUGCGUCCUCCGCUGCGACGAGUGGAACUGCUCCGGGGCCGGGCUGCAACACUUCCGCUCCCACCAACCAAUCUACAUGAGUCUGGCAGGCUGGACCUGCAGGGAUGACUGUAAGUAUGAAUGCAUGUGGCUCACCGUGGGCCUCUACCUCCAGGAAGGUUACAGAGUUCCUCAGUUUCACGGGAAGUGGCCCUUCUCUCGGUUCCUUUUCUUCCAAGAACCAGCCUCAGCUGUGGCCUCCUUCCUCAAUGGUUUGGCCAACCUGGUCAUGCUCAGCCGGUAUCGGACCUCUGUCCCAGCCUCCUCCCCUAUGUACCACACCUGUGUGGCCUUUGCCUGGGUCUCUCUCAAUGCCUGGUUCUGGUCCACAGUCUUUCACACAAGGGACACCAGCCUCACUGAGAAAAUGGACUAUUUCUGUGCCUCCACGGUGAUUCUGCAUUCCAUUUAUCUGUGCUGUGUCAGGACUCUGGGGCUGCAGCGGCCGGCCGUGGCCAGUGUCUUUGGGAGAUUCCUGCUACUGCUGCUAGCCGCCCAUGUCUCCUACCUGAGCCUCGUUCACUUCGACUACGGCUACAACAUGGUGGCCAAUGUAGCCAUAGGCUUGGUAAAUCUGGUGUGGUGGUUGGGCUGGUGUCUUUGGAACCAGCCUCGGUUGCCUCACGUGUGGAAGUGCGCUGUGGUGAUGCUUCUGCUGCAGGGGCUGGCUUUCCUUGAGUUGCUGGACUUCCCUCCCAUCUUCUGGGUCUUGGAUGCCCAUGCCAUCUGGCAUAUCAGCACCAUCCCCAUCCACUUUCUUUUCUUCAGUUUCCUGAUGGAUGACAGUCUCUACCUUCUUAAGGACACCCCAGUCCCACUAAAGAUGGAGUGAAAGGACUGGGGGCAGGUCUGCUUCAUCCUGGCCUCAGCUCUGGCCCACAGGGUGCUCCGUUUUCUUCCCUUUACUCCUUCAACACGGACGCUGACUGGGGUGGAGGAGUGGCCGCGGGACUCUGCCCUUUUCUCCAUGCAGAUGCCCUCUUGCCUCCUCCAGAGUGCUGCCAGUCCCAGCUGUCUCCUGCCCCUUCCCCCACCCCAACCUCAGACAUUUAGGGGGUAGAAUGGCCCCUCACCAACCUGCAGAAAUCUAAAGGCUCCCUUCGUCCUGGCCCAGGUGCCCCAAGGGAGCAUCCUUCUGCCCCUCAAAGUGCCCGCUCCACCCUGUUCCCAGGGGGCUUCCCCGGGGCUACCUUCCUGCCCAGUGGUAAGUGAGGGGGGCAAUUCCCUUCCCUUUAACACCAGGUGCCCUCCCCCAUGGCACCACUAGGUGGCGAUGAAUGCUGGCUCUGCUCUCACCCCCCAGGAGGGGCACCGAGGCCCCAUGGCAUGAGCCUGGAAGCAGGCCCCUGCUUUGCCCACAUUGUCCCCUAGCAGGGCCCCAAGCCCAUCUCCAUCCCCCAGCUGGGCAAAGAGCCAGAGAAGCCCAGCCACUGUUUGGCUCGUCGUCAGACUGGCUCAUUCUCUUGCUUCUCAGGGAAAAAAAAAGGAUGGGAGUGUGUACCCUAGUGUAGAUGUGAGUGUGGGCACGGUUUGUGGGGCCUCGGCCAAACUCAGCGAAACAGGACUUGGAUCUCCUAGCAAGGCACCCAGCUAGGCACAGAAGGCCUUGGUCCCUGCCUUGAAGUUGGGGAUGGGAGUGUAUGAUGGAAGGGGGUGAGUCUGUAUGUCCUCUCCUCCCAGCCCUUUUGCUCCCCUGUCCCUUCAGGGAGCCAGAUUCUUGAGCUAAGAAAGUAUCUCCUCAAGGACCUUCCUGUUACCUAGCUUGGGUGCCCCCACAUCCACAGCCUCCCUCUAGUGCCAGCUCUUGGGACUGUCAUCUCUGGGACCCAUAAGUCACUUAACCUCCCUGAGUCCCCAUUUCCCCAUCUGUAAAAUGGGGGGAAUGAUCCCUCGGUACCCAGCUCACAGGCCUGGUGUGAGACUUCAAGGAGAUCAUGUAUGUAAAGUGCUUUGCAGACCUUAA